CAGCUGCCCCCUACUCUGCUCCAGGCACCCAUGCACUCACACAGCUCACCCACUGGUUCAGGAUGUGACCUUGUAAUUCCAUUACAGUUAUCAGUUCAAUUUCUAAAAAUAACUGAAAUGAAAUAAGUAUUUCUUAACAUUUAUACCACUCCACAGGUUAAUGGACGUGCUCUAUUCUUAACUUGUAGCUCCACCAGUGCUGGGACAGGCUUCAUCUCUGUUUAAUCACACACCACAUAUGUAUUUUGAUCACAGCGUAACUACUAAGUGCCUAGCACUCAAGGUCAUUGAUGUCUGUGCAACAUCCCAAUCUUGAAUUAAUAGUUUACUGUCUUGCUGCCUGACAAAAGUAAUGGCAUAGUUCGGUGUAAAUAUUUAAUUGGACAGUGAGGUCUCCUGCAUCCAUACACUUACACACUUCUGGGUUGGGUAUGGACUUUUUUGCUGUGUGUUUCCAUGCCAUUCUACCCUACAGAAGGGCUUAUGCCACCUGCCCCAGCCAAGCCUCGGCUUCCCCGGCCCAGGGAGCGCCCAAGCCCAGCGAACCCCCUCAGGCCUCCCCGCCGGGGCAGCCUAUAGCCCACCACCCUGGGAGAAGCCUGAGGAGAACCACCGGCGCUGAUUGGGGGUGUGUGUGUGUGAAUACCGAGGCAGCCCUUCGGGACACUGGGUUUCGUCUUAUUUUUAACAUGGCGUUGAGAGGAGAGCUGGAGCAGUGCAAAACCACAACGGCCACUGUAAUCCGCAAGGACUGUAAGCCGAGAGUUGAAGGAACGAUGGAAACCGCCUACGCCUCCCCACUGUCACCGCCCUUCCUGCUAGCGAGGACCUGCCUCCACCUCGAGGGCGGACUCUGAGGGCCGCCUUCCUCUCGCAGGGCAGGCGGGCGGGCGGGCUUUGGGGCCGUCACCGCCUCUUUCUUCAGGCCCGGGUGGCCGCGGCGAUGCUGGCUGCCUCCAGAUGAGCGUGGUCCGGCAGAGGUCGUGGAUGCACCGGUCGAAAGAGGUCUUUGUGUACUGCCUGUUCCUGGGGCUGUCCUUACCCCUUAUGCUGUUGCUGCUGCUCUGACAUGAGCCGGGCCGUGGUUCGGUCUCGCCGCGAGGGGACAGGCAGGUGGAGUCGGCGAGAGCCCCGUUUCGCAGCCCAGCGUGUGGCUGGCGGCAGCAACCCGAGGGCCUGACGCCUCGGCGGAGGGGGAUGAGGAGUUCGGGCGGGCUCUGCAGAGGUGAUCUGCGGGCUGGCGGUCUGCUUCUCCCCGCAGGGGGGCACGGCCGCGACCCCGGCAGCAGCUGUGAUGCCGCCACGCUCGCCGCCCCCUCACCCCGACUGACGGGGAGGUGAGGCGGUGCCCGCGGUAAAGGCAGUCCCCGUUCGCCGCGCGAAUUCUAGUCUCUGCUGCUCAGGGACGCCGGCGGCGUCGUCUCUUCCGCUCUGAGGUUGCCCCGAUGUAUCAGCAGCCGCGCCUCAAGCCCCUGCCAAGCGCCUCGGGGCCGCCGCGGACCGUCUGACUCUGCGCCUGCCGCGCAGCGGCCGUAGCCGGGCGCCGGUGCCGGCCGCGGCGCUGGCAGUCCCGCAAUUCGUCGCUCUGCGAGGCGGAGUGUGUCCCCGCCUGCUCGCCGUGGAGGGAGGCGGGCCGGGGGCCGGCUGAGAUGGGAGAGAGCAUGUCCAAGAGGCUGAAGCUGCAGCUGGGAGGUGAGGCGGAGAUGGAGGAGCGGGCUUUCGCCAACCCCUACCCCGACUACCAGCAGCAGGGAGCCGUAGCAGCCCACAGCACGGUGGAGGCCCAGUGGGAUCGGGCGGUGUUGCCACCGGAAGAGGACCCGCUCCCCUUUGACGCGGACGGAAAGGUCAGUGCUCAGUUCACAAAACGGAUCCAGACAAAGAUCAAGGACCUUCUGCAGCAAAUGGAGGAAGGGCUGAAGACUGCGGAUCCGCACGACUGCUCUGCCUAUACUGGCUGGACUGGCAUUGCCCUCUUGUAUCUCCAACUGUACCGUGUCACAAAAAAACAAAGCCAUUUGCAGCGAUCUCUUGAUUAUGUGAAGAGAAUCCUUCGCAAUCUGAAUGGCAGACGAGUUACUUUUCUCUGUGGUGAUGCUGGGCCACUGGCAGUAGGUGCAGUCGUUUAUCACAUGCUGAAAAAUGAAAAUGAAUCUAAAGAAUGUGUUUCUAGGCUGUUGCAGCUGCAAAGGACAGUCAGAAGCAUGGAUGCUGAAUUUCCAGAUGAGCUGCUUUAUGGCAGAGCUGGUUACCUGUAUGCCUUGCUGUACCUGAAUACGGAAAUUGCUUCAGACACAGUCCCACAGUCUAUUAUCAAAGAGGUAAUAGAUGCCAUUAUUGAGUCAGGGAAAAACUUUUCGAAGGAGGAACGUAAAACAGAACGUUGUCCUCUGUUAUAUCAGUGGCAUGGGAAGCAAUAUGUUGGAGCAGCCCACGGUGUGGCUGGGAUCUAUUACAUGCUAAUGCAGCCAAUUGCAAAUGUGGAUCAGGAGACCUUGACAGAGUUGGUGAAACCAAGCAUUGACUAUGUGCGUCAUAAAAAAUUCAGAUCUGGGAAUUACCCAUCAUCACUGAGCAAUGAGACUGACAGAUUGGUUCACUGGUGCCAUGGUGCCCCUGGGGUCAUCCACAUGCUCAUGCAAGCUUAUAAGACUUUUAAAGAGGAUAAGUACUUGAAAGAUGCUAUGGAGUGUAGUGAUGUCAUCUGGCAGAGAGGUUUAUUGAGAAAAGGCUAUGGGAUCUGCCAUGGUACUGCUGGCAAUGGCUACUCCUUCUUAUCUCUCUAUAACCUAACUCAGGACAAAAGGUACCUCUACCGAGCUUGCAAGGCUUUCAUCUUGAUGGGGGACUUCAGCCACCCUGAUAUCUGCUGGGAAAACAACACAGCAAGCUGCAGGCAAUCCAGGAGACUCCUGGAGUCCAUGAACAACACCUUUAUGAUUCAGUUUGCUGAAUGGUGUUUGGAAUAUGGUGCACAUGGAUGCCGUAUUCCUGACCGCCCUUAUUCUCUUUUUGAAGGUAUGGCUGGAGCUAUUCACUUCCUCUCAGAUAUUUCAGUACCAGAGACUUCUCGGUUUCCAGCGUUUGAACUUGGAACUCAGAGGAGGGAAGACGAAAUGGAACAUGACAGCUAAAGGGUUCUUUGGAAAGUAAACACAUGUCAAAAGAGAUGAGUCUGCUUAGUGCCUCCAAUACAGAACCAACUUAACCCUAAGCUGAUUGAUGGAUAAACCCCAUUUCUCAGUUCUCCUGCCACAAGGGACGGAAGUCCUUAGAGCAUGAAUUGAGAGAACCUUAAGUUCUGUUAAAGUGACACCUUCACGUGCAGAAGGAGAGUCUUCUUUGGGUCUUUUACAUGCUCUGCAUGUUUAUUGGUGUUGUCUGUUAAUUCGAGUCUUCUGUUGUUAGCAAAGAGCUGUUCUGUGUGAAGCCCUGUCCUGUACCUUCAUGCAUGCAUACCUGUAACAAGUGUUGCUUUCUGCAGUGUAGUUAGCCUGAGAGCUCCACUUUAUUCCAGAGUUCACUGUAAGAGAGUACGCAGCUUCACUACUGAUCUGACAACUUCAGAAAGAGAAGGAAAACAUGCUUUUUGUUCAUUGCUUUCUACAUUUUUCUCCUUCACAGUCCCUAGAAGCCUAGGGACUAGCUUCUAGCCUUCACAGUCCCUAGAAGAGGUGAUGGAGAUCAGCCUUGCUUGAUAAAGUAGUAUGAGGCCUUCUGUUUUCAGGCAUGUAUUAGAUGGAUGUGUCCUGACUUUUCUUUUGCUGCUGAUUUAUGAGGGUUUUUUUUGGGUUUUUUUUUUUGGUGUGUGUGUGUGUGAGGUGGGGGGGAGGGAGGCUGCCUGCACCUGGUUUGUGUGCUAGGAGGAGGUGCUCAUCUGUACCUUUGCAUGUUAGGAGCUUACCAAAGUGCAGGCAAAGUCACCUGAACUAACCUCCCUCUGCUGCCAAAAACAGAGAAGGAACAGUAUAACUAUGCUUUUCCAGUCUGGUUCAUGGAUUUGUAAUAAAUCUCUUCAGCAGCACAUAGUGUACAGGUAAGGGUGAAGUCAGCACUGUUUCUCAUGCUGGUAAAUCAGGAUGACUGUUACUACUAAAUCAAGGGGGCGGAUUGUUUUGUGCGCUUCUCUCCCUCUCCCAGCCCCAUUGCAUUUAUCCCAUGCUGUGUGACAGGAGCGAUAAAUACCAACUGCUUGUGGAGGCUGCAGAAGAUCAAUAAACAACAUGUACACCACUGCUAAAAGCUGUAAUUGAAGUUUAUUUUGUCUUAAAAUGCCUUUUCCCCUUUGUUUUUGAAACUGAGUUGUUAGUGCUUUGCUUCUUCCUACUGUGCAUUGGAGUUGUGGAGUAUUGAGUCUUCUCUCAGCUGUCAAAGUGUCAGUGAGUUCUGCCUCUAUGUGCACAUAUAGGGCUCUUUGUUUGGGACAAGUGGAGCUUAACUCUAAGUACAUACAUUUACAACACUUUCAUGUUUUCCAGAUAAACAAAUAUGCAUACUAUUUGAGAAGGGUAAGAGUAGCACUUGCUCAAGUUCUUUUGUCAUCCUCACCUUCCGUACAGGCCUGGCUGUGUUCUGUUCAUCCCAGGUGCUUAUUUUAAUUGGUACUUUACAUCAGGUGAAAGCAUGACAGAUGGCUGAGACUCUGACCUUUCAAGUGCCCACUGGGAUAUCUGCAGCAAGAGGCACCUGCUGAAUUUGACCACCUGUUUGUGGUCAGGCUUGGAAAUGCAUGUCUGUAUCUGCAUAAAACAGGUAGCAGGUGACUUGCCAAGUCCAUUGGGGUGCUAAUGUUUUCUGGAUUCGGUUCCGCUAGGCAAUAGCAGCAGUACCAGUGCAGAGAGUUUAAUGUCUGCUGAUUUGUCAGGUAAGAUGUGGGACUUCUACACUCUUCAGGCUAAGAGUAGAUCUGCUGGGGUCACUGGGCCCUAAUGCAUCUGUGCAGCCAGGCAAGCAGGAAGAUUCUGAAAGGCAGCAAGAAGGAGGGUACUGCAUGGCAAACAGCAGUGGUCAAGUGACCUUGAUGAAAGAAGCAAUGUGCAGAAUGUACUAGCCCAAGUGACAUGUUUUGCUGUAGCAUGCAUGCUGAGGCCAGCUCUAUUUCUUCUGUCACUGUGUGGUUUACUGCCUGUAAUACAGGGAGGAAACUAGCUCAGAGGGAAGUCAGACAGAAUGCCUAACAAAGGGAAACCUGGAAGUAAAAAAAAAAUAAAAUCCUGAUCCUCUGUUUCAUAUCCAUUCCCACCCCUUAUUUCUACUUUGCCUCCUCUACAGCUGUAAAGUACAUGAGGUAGGUUAACUGGGGUGGGAUGCAUUCCUCUUCCAGGUCUGCAGGAGCUCCUGCAAAUGCAGCACAGAAGCCAUCUUUCUUCCUGGCAUAUCCAGGCCUGUCUUUCACUGACCAAUGAGCUGGAGGUCACAGGGAGGGCUUUUCAUUCAGUUGUUGGGAGCCGCCUUGGCUGCAGUGCUUGAGGUGGCACCUGUGGAGGAUGUUGGCUGAGUGGAGCCCAGGGACUGGCUGGUUUAAAAAAUGCACGUGUAGGAUUGCUUAACAGUGAGUAGAGAUCAGAGGUGUGUGAUUGCCACGGUCAGUUGAGGGAGCAUGUCCACUGUGUGCUCCUGCACUGCAGCUGGCUGGAUGUGGGGUAAGGCCCACCACCACAUUCUCCACCGAAUUAUCUUGGAAUUGAGCUAGACAGGAAAUGUCAUAUAUCACAGAAGGAGGCCUGUGGGUGUUUUUGCUUUGUCUUCCUCACACAGCUCUUCAUUGCGGCUCCCCUCUGUCCAUUACAACUUGUGAUAUCCAGGCAGCCAUUACAAAGUGUAUUGUAGGAACGGGUGGAAAAAGUGCAUUUUACCAAGACACCAUUUUCAGAAAUCUCAUUGAACUAAGUAUUUGGUCACGUCCUGUUUGUCUGUUUGCAGCUCAAACCAUAUUUGGGACUGAGUGGUUUUUAAGAAGAAAUAUACGAAAUCUCUCUGUCUUGCUGAUGUUGGUUUUCCAGCUAUAAGAAAGCUUGAUGCUUUCCCUUAGCAAGGACUUAACAGAAUUAAACCAAGUAUUCUGAAAGUAAGGGGCAGUAUUUCUAUUUUCACAAAGCCAAUUCAUAGCUCUCUGCUACUGAGAGCUGCUGCUUUCUCCCCCUCCUUAUCUAAUAGCCUCUAGGUACGAACCUGAAGAUAAUCUAAAACAUUUACCUUCAUCUUAUGGCAGCUGUUGCCAUGUAAAUGUGGUGGGACUUCCUAAUGCAGUGAGUCAUGGUCACCAAAGUGCUGCUUUCAGGCAGGAAGGAUAGAGGCGUUGGAGGACAGAAGCAGGAGGGCUGCCUGCUGCAGCACAGGCUAUGGCUGAGCAGCACUGACUGAGCCCUGUGCUGGCGAGGCGCUCAACAAAGUCUGUUUCUCCUGGUGGCACUGCUCACUUUUUUCCUAUUUGUUUCAUGUUGAUUUACAGGGGCAGGAGUUCUGUCUGCACCUAGCAGAGCUGCACUCUCUGUAUCAGGAGCAUCAGUGACCUUUGUUCAACCACUGCUUCUCCUUCACAAAAGAUAAAUAGGGGCCAAUAGGUGAGCUAGGGCUGGCAGUGAAAGCUAAACAGAGAAACACACACCCAUCCUUGUGCUUUCCCUCACUGUGUGAACCCAAAAUAAUAAUGCACGGUUGCAGCCAAAGAACUGCUUGUGUUUCAUCUGCUUCCUCUGCAGAGACAUCUCUCCUACAGUGCAGCACCCCACAGCACUAUUGUUUGUCAUUUGCUUCAUAGAAAUUGCCUGAUGCUGCAUCCCCCCCCUUGCACAAAGACACCUAAGGCAACUAACUCCCCAAUUAGAGCGUGUCAGAGGGUAGGCCUCCCACUGCCUGAGCGCUGCCAAAUGAUCCUGGCCAGUUUUCUUACCCACUGAAUCAGCAGUGAUUUGUUAGAAAAACAAAAACAAAAUGGUUAGACAGAUCCGUUAUCAGAUAAGGUGUGUGUCUGCCAGUAAGCAGCUUCUUGGGUAUAUGCAUAUAGAACUAAGCCAUCUGCUUGCUUGAUUUUUAGUAAGGAAGAAAUAGCAAUACCUCUCUCGCUCCUCUGUGCACCACAUAGGGUGGAGAUGGUUGGAAAAAUGCAGCCCCAACCAUUCGCUUUCACAGCAGUGUAAACUAUCAGAAGGCUUAAAAGAAGAAAAAAGACACUCCCUCCCCAGCACAAAGAAGCCAGUCACUGCAUUAUGUUCUCUGAAGUGCUAACGAAGCACAGGAACAGCUGCAACUCAGGGGCUUGGGAAGCCCCAAACAGAAAUGGAGGGUUGGUCUCAUCCUUGUCAACCUUGCUCCUAUUUGCAGUGCAACUGAUUUAGCAGCUUGCUAAUUACUGGGACACAUGGAAGCAGUCCCAAUGUGGAAUUUGCCCCUAUUAUCAGUGGUGGGGCUCACAGUCAUGGCAGAGAAAUGGCAGGGGAGAAGAGCAGGAAAAAGUGAUUUUUGUUGGUUUUUGUUGUUGUUUGUUUGUUUGUUUUUUACCAUUUGCUUGCACUGGUGCGCAUCAGAAAAGUAACUUGAUACAAGCAGUCCUCAAAGGAUGCCUUGUUGCACCUUUCCUAGCAGCUCCUAAGUAAUGAAGUACUUAGCACUUCUUACCAGUUCUAUAAAACAUAUGUAACAUUUCAAUUUGGGAAUAAGUGAUACUCUCGCCACAAGCUUUUAUUAUCAUCUAAUCAUAAGCAAAACAUGUCAGGAAAAUGAUUACCACACAGAUAUAUGUUCCAGGUCCUAAUAAUUUUUUUCUUCAACUUCCAAAAAUUCCAUUAUUCCAAAGAGAAGUAAAAAUGUCCCCUAUCUUUACUUCAAUGGUUUUACUCCACAGACUUGUUUAAUAUUUUAAAGAGAAUAUUUAUAAUUUCUUCAUUUAUCAUUGGUGCUGUUAGAAAAAUAAAUUCAAAACUAUUUAAACAGGAAUAAGUUAAAAAUUCUACUUUAUUUUCAUAGAAUUACAGAGUGUUUUAGGUUGAAAGCAACCAUAUAGUUCCAACCCCUCUGCUCCAGGCGGUUGCCAUCCACUAAAUCAGACUAGAUUGACUGCUGAGAAUCCCAUUCAGCCUGGCCUUCAACACUUCCAAGGAUGGGACUGCCUCUGGGCAGCCUACUCCAGCAUAUCACCGCCCUCUUACUGAACAAUUUCUCCUGACAUCUAACAUAAAUCUCCCCUCUUUUAGUUUAAAACCAUUCCCUCUUGUCUUAUCACUGUCUACCAGUGUGAAAAGUUUAUUUCCCCUCCUGUUUAUAAUCUUCUAAGUAUUUGAAGGCUGCAGUGAGAUUUCCCUGCAGCCUUCCCUUCUUCAGGUUUUUCCUUCUCCACCGUCCUCACCUUCUCCUUCUUUUCCCUUUUAAGUUCAGCAACAAAUGUUUAUUUUCCAUUUUAAAUACUUUUUUUUUUUUUUUUCUCCCUCAUACAAGUGUUUUGGCUCUAUUUUUAACCAAAAUAGUUAAAGAAAAUAGAUUACUGGUUUCAUUAUGGAAGAAUUGUUUGGAACUUCUUCCAAGAUAUGUAUCCUAUUGCAUGUGUAAAACCUUGAUUCCUUAUACAGCUGUUAGCUGAUUUUUCUCAAUAAAAGUCCUUUGAUCCUA